AUGGCAUUCUCGCAGAAGUCGCCCGGCAUUUUUCCCGCCGGUGACGGUGGAACUCCGUUGCAGAACCGUGAAACGGGCAGAGGCGGACUCGAGUCCCGGGAGGAAGAAGCUCUCGAAACUGAGAGAUGGAGUGUCCUUGAGUCUUCAGUUCAUGUCCCUGUCUUCCUGUCUCGGCCGUUCCGACCUACGCGCGAGAGAACCACAGCCGGAGGAAAGGGCAUUCUCCCCAGUGCCUCUGCCACACUGAGAGAGACAGGAUUGAGUGAAGGAAGUCGAAGACAAGGGGACAGAAUGACCAGGACGGUUCAGCAUGAAGGCAGACACCCUUCCUUGGCCUGCGGCGGCGCCACGCAUCUGCAGCUGUCGCCUGCAUGUGCCUCCAUGGGCAUCCCCUCCGCCUCCUCUCACGGCGUUGCAGACAAACGGUUCGACCAGGUCUCGCCGAGUCCCGAAGUGUCUCCUCGUGCAGGCGGCGGGGUUUCUCAGAGAGACAGAGGAGGGCGGGGACUGUCUCCGCUUGGCUCCUCUGCGGCUCUCAGAAAAGCGGCCCCAGCAGAUACCCCUGGUCCUCACCCCCGCACUGCCGGCUCACAAAGCACGGAAGCCAAGCACGCCCGUCCUGUCUCCGCACCGGCUCCUUGGGCUCCAGACGGCUCUACAUCUUGGGCUCCAAACGAUGCUUUGCCGUGGGACCCCUCCGGGAGAGGCCGCGGUCGAAUGCCGAAGGCUAGGUCGCAGAAAAUUCAAGGACUUCUGCAGUCUUCUCCCCUCAAGAGUAAAACUGGAACAGAGCAGAUAUCUCAUUCCUUAUUGUCUCUCGGCGUCGUCCCAGCAAGAAAGCCGGGCAGCGGAAGGCGAGGAGAAAGUCACCUUCCUGAAGCCGAGCAACGAGAGGUUAGAACCGGGAAUGGGAGGUCUUCGUUUCAUCGAGUUUUGGCCUUUCUUCUGCUUGUGUGUUUCCAUACACGUAUACCAAUCUGCUUAGAAAUCAUGCAGACACCCAAGAGGUUCUGUCUCGACAUCUCACUAUCGAUCGCUCGACGCCUGCAGAUCUCCACCCCUUUCCUAAUUUAUCAUUGCCGUCACUUUCCAAAAGAAACCUACCCCUUGUCCCUUUCCUUCACCUUUUUGCUUUCUCUACGCAUCUCUUUCCUCUGCAUUUGCUCUUUUAGUUCUCGAUUACAACGAUGCCAGCAGCUCUCAAACCGCCCACUGUCUUCCGACCUGCAAAUGUAUCCUCAGUGUGCCAGUUUUACCUGUGUACACCUCUCUCCUCAAAUCUGGACUUGUUUUUUACCAUUGCACUUGGGAGCAUACGGCUUCCUUCGAUGCUCUCACGGGUGCACACUGGAAAAAUUCAAAUAG